GUUUGUGACAUUGGUGCAGGACGAGGCUCUCCUGAACCAGAGGGACUCUAGACCCUCAGAGACUCCAGACCCUCAGAGACCCGGACUCUGGCUGAGAUGCGCUCCGCUCCGGUUCAUGAAGCUCCACGCGUGUCGGCUCCGUGGAUUCGCAGCCAGUGAGUGAAACUGAGAAGAGCUACUGACAGAGUUUGUUCACGGAUGCGUUAAAGUGUCUGGAGGAGCUUCUGGGAGCUGCAGGAUGUACACCAUCACCAGAGGUCCCAGUAAACUGGUCACCCAGAGGCGCACAGGACCAACACAACCUCCGGAGAACAAAACCAACGACUUUAAGCACAAACAGACGUCCUGGAACCUGCCCGACCUUCCUGCACCAAAGAUAGUUUUCACCCGUCUGAGUGGGAAGAAGACCCUCCAGCUGGCCUCGGCUCGGCCUGCAGACCAGCAGCCUGAUGAGGGUGUCAGCACCGCUCACCAGGAAAACGUCAACUUUGUCUACGAGGUCUGGCAGGAGGUUCAACAGCAGGACCAGGGGCCCGACCAGGGGCCCAACCAGGGGCCCGACCAGGGGCCAGCAGGGGCCCAGAGAGUGAUCCACUACAAAGAGAGCAGCCCCAGCCCACAUGUGGACACCUUUGUGCCCAUAGAUCUGGAUGAAUGGUGGGCCCAGCGCUUCUUGGCCAACAUAGACAAGCUUUCCUGAUCCUCAUCUGGGAUUUGAUGCUGUUGGACAGUCAGGAGGUGAGACCUGGAGGAGCAGGAAGCCUGGACAGGAGGUCUGAUGUGAUUCAGAUGAACUGACGGUGCUGGGAUGCUGGCAGAGAAACUGACAAUCACUGGAACUGUUUCCUUCUAACUGCAGUCCGUCUGUCUCUAAAUGUUCAGAGACUGACAGGAGGAAGACGUCCUGAAGCUGAGGUUUCUCUCAGAUUUUCAGAUGUUUCUUUGAAAUGCAGUAAACUGUAUUUUCAAGAAGUUCUGGAUUUACCUCUUUUUUUUAACAUGAGGAUGAAUCUUAUUUGCUUUAAUAUCAGGAACCACCACCAGCUCCACAAAUGUUUAGACAGAAUUUAAAAUAAUUUCACAUUAAAUUCCUCAAAACCUGAAUGAAGACAGUAAAUAUGGACACAUUUCAGGUUAUUAGCUCCUAAUAAACCACAAAAAUGAACAUAAAGUAUGAAAUAAUAGAACAAAGAUGAAAAAUAAAGCAGGACAGCGAUGGUUCUAUUUUCA